CGGAUGCUCAGUCCCACCGUGAAGCCUCCACUAUUCCGACGAGUUCUACUGCUCCGAGGCCCUCUACCCCGUCUACUGCCCCAUGUCGCUCCGCUCCCUCGGCGCCGUCUACUGCCCCGAGGCCUUCUACAUCAGUGACGCUGCCAACUGCUCUAAGGCCCUCGACGUCAGUGACGCCGCUUGUUGCUCCGAGGCCCUCGGUUUCUUCAGCGACGCCGACCGUUCCGAGUCCCUCUAUUCCCGUGGCGCCGUCUACCGCGAUGAGGCCUCCUGCGUCAGAGACGUCGCCUAUUGCUCCGAGGCCCUCUUCCUUCUCCGCUCCGAGGCCCUCAACUCCCUCGACGGCGUUUUCGGCACCGAGGCCCACUCCCUCGGCGCCUUCGACAGCGCCGGCCGCGCCGAGACCUUCGACUCCCUCGGUUACGCCGACUUCGAUGAGACCGCCGACCCCCACGACUUCUGAGAGGUGGAGAGGUAGGUGCCUUGAGGCCCCAGAUUGUGCUCGCUUCAUUGAAUAUGCAAAACAGCGCAGAAUCUCCCGUGGGAUGAGGCGUGUUUUUUCUGAGCUUUACAGUAGCGCCCACGUUGCCAGACUCGCGAGGAUCGAAUUCGAGCAAGGAGUUGAUCCCUUCCGGCGAUGCCCCGAGAGCACCCUCGCCCCGCGCUCCUGGAGCCCCGUCGGGCUCUGCCUCCGAGCCUGUCUCAGCAGC